UGUCGGACUCCGGAGCGUCACCCCGACCUGACGCUCUCUUGUACCACAGCGCAGCUGUUACCAUUACUUCAUCUCUUAUUGGAUCAAGACCGAGAGAGAGGGAGAGAGGGAGAGAGAGAGAGAGAGAGAGAGCAAAGGCAAACAAGUGGAGAGAGAGAGAGCGGGAGAGAGUUGGAAGCCUGCGCCGUGCUUCAUCGAUCUGCAGAGGUGCACCGAGGACCUUCUGUCGGACAUUGGUCACAUCUUUCAGUUUUUUAAGUGAAUGCCAGAAGUAGAGUGACUCUUUGGAAAAUGCUUCUGGGAAAUUUGGUAGUGGUUGCGUUCUGUCUGUGGGGCAUUGAUGUCAGCAGAGCUUAUGUGUUUCAAGCCAGCCGACCUUCAGAGGGAGGGGACAACCCGCCAUCUCAUACUAAAAUCAUUUCAGAGUGGGUCAGCUCAGCGGGCUCCUGUAAGGGGAGGUGCUUUGAGCUGGAGGUGGCCAGCCCUCCAGGAUGCAGAUGUGACAAUCUCUGCAAAACCUACUACAGCUGCUGCUCUGACUUUGAUGAGCACUGCCUGAAAACAGAGGGAGGCUUUGAAUGCAAACAGGAACGGUGUAGGGAGGAGAGGAAUGAAGACCAUGCCUGCCACUGCUCAGAGGACUGUCUGGAAAAAGGAGACUGCUGCUCAAAUUACAAGUCCAUGUGCAAAGGUGAGACUUCGUGGCUGCAAGAAGAAUGCGAGGACAUCACGAGUCCUGAAUGCCCUGCAGGCUUCGUCCGUCCUCCUCUCAUCAUGCUCUCGCUCGAUGGGUUCAGAGCCUCCUACCUGAAGAAGGACCAGUCUGUCAUCCCAAACCUUCAUAAACUCAGAGGAUGUGGCACGUCUACACCGUACAUGCGACCAGUCUACCCAUCAAAAACAUUUCCAAAUUUGUACACCUUAGCCACGGGCCUGUACCCAGAGUCCCACGGGAUUGUGGGGAACACCAUGUAUGACCCAGACUUUAAUGCCACGUUCACACUGCGUUCCAGAGAGAAACUGAACCACCGCUGGUGGGGCGGACAGCCUAUCUGGAUCACCGCUGAGAAACAAGGAGUGAAACCAGGCACGUUCUUCUGGCCUUGGGUGAUUCCUCUUGAAAGGAGGAUUUUGACCAUCUUGCACUGGCUGCACUUGCCCGAUGAUGUCAGGCCGUAUGUUUAUGCUAUCCACUCAGAGCAGCCCGAUGCCUACGGACAUCGAAUGGGUCCACUCAGCAGUGAGCUGGACAACCCUCUGAGGGAAAUUGACAACAUCAUUGGUCAGCUAAUGAAUGGACUGAAGCAGAUGAACCUGCACCGCUGUAUCAAUCUCAUCAUUGUAGGAGAUCACGGGAUGGAGGAGGCCCACUGCGACAGGACAGAGUUUCUCAGCAGCUACCCACUCAACAUAGACGAGAUCACGCUGAUCCCUGGCUCGCUGGGCAGAAUACGACCCCGUGAGCCAAAACCGACCACGUAUGACCCAAAAGUUGUGGUUGCAAACCUCACUUGCAAAAUGCCAGCUCAGCACUUCAAGCCAUACCUGAAACGGGAUUUACCCAAGAGGCUUCACUACGCCAACAACAGACGGAUUGAGGAUGUCCAUCUGCUGAUGGAGAGGAAGUGGCACAUUGCCAGGAAAAUGCCAGAAAAGCCGAGGACUCGGUGUGGCUUCUUUGGUGAUCACGGCUUUGACAACAAGAUAACCAGCAUGAGGACAAUCUUUAUUGGCCAUGGGCCAAGCUUCAAAUUUCAGAAGAUGGUGCCGGAGUUUGAGAAUAUAGAGUUAUACAAUGUCAUGUGUGACUUGUUGGGCUUGAAGCCAGUUCCAAACAACGGGACACACGGCAGUCUGAACGACAUGCUGAAAGAUCCGCCUUUCCAACCCAGCAUGCCAGAGGAAGUCACGCCACCGUCGCCGUCGUCCGACGCCGAAAUCAGCCACGACCUGGGCUGCAGCUGUGACGAUGAGAACAAAGUGGAGAUCAAUGGGCUGUUCACUCGUGCAUCAGAUGGGGUCUACAGUUAUAACAGCACCCAGCUGCCGUUUGGUCGACCAGCGGUGAUGUUUGACACUCAGUACAGUCUUCUUCAUCAUGUGGAGUUCAUCAGUGGAUACAGCAAAGAGCUAGCCAUGCCCCUGUGGACAUCAUACACACUGCCACCACAGGAGGACAUGACUCCUGUACCAGAUGCUUCUCCGAGUGCUCAGUGCAUCCGAGUCGACGCCAGAGUGUCAGCUGAUCACAGUCAGAGCUGCAGCGCCUACGGCCAGAACACCCACCUCACGUAUGGCUUCCUCUUCCCCCCAGAGCUGGCAACGUCUCCCGAGUCCAGAUAUGACGCUUCGCUCAUCACCAACACUGUCCCCAUGUACCCUGCCUUCAAGAGAGUGUGGAGUUACCUACAAGGCACGCUGCUGCGGCGUUAUGCAGAGGCCAGCAAUGGGAUCAACGUUCUCUGCGGCCCUGUUUUUGAUUAUAACUACGACGGCCUUCGAGACACCACCGAGAAGAUAAAAGAGUUCUCAGCUGAUGGCUUCCCCGUUCCCACCCACUUCUACACUGUGAUUACAAGCUGCCAGGAGGUGAACCAGACGGUUGAUGAGUGUGACGGAGCGCUAAAGGUUUUCUCCUUCCUCCUUCCUAACAAGCCAGACAACAGUGAGGCAUGCAAUAGCGCCGAGGAUGAAUCGAAGUGGGUCGAAGACAUGCUGAAGCUCCACACAGCCCGAGUACGAGAUGUGGAGAUCCUUACGGGCCUGGACCUCUACAGAUCCACAAACCUCACAUACACCAACACCCUAAUUCUCAAAACCUACCUGGAGACCUUUGAGAGGGAUGAGUAGGAGCCAGAGACAGAGAUGAUCAUAUAGGAUGUAACCCUUUGUAAAAUGUCUGCAUUUUUAUUGCAUGCUCUUUGGAAAGACAACAUAAUGCUGUUCCACUGCUGAAGAACCGCCCAAGAAGUGCUUGGAAAGGGAACACAUAUUUGAAAAUUACAAGAAUGUUUGUUAUGACAGGAAUAUUACAGUACUCAUUCUAAAGCACACAUCAAGAACCACACCAGUGUUUUAUGUCUGUGCCUAAAAGAGAUUUCUCCUUCACAUUUCUACUGCCAUAUGCACUGCAUGCUAUGAGAUUUAAUAUGUAAAGUUACAUGUGUUUAGUCAUUUAGAAAAAUCCAUUCUUGGUGGUCUUCGAUCAUGGAAGAUAAUCAUUGUGAACUGACACAGUGAGAAGUUUUCAUUGCAAACUGUAAGAAAAUAGAUUUAAAAAAAAAGAUCAAAGUGGUUAAAAAAUGACGUGAAAAAUGAGAACAUAUCAACCAGGCUUUAAUUUCUUCAAUCUUGUAGUUUGACCUGUUCACAGCAGCCAGUAAAACAGGUGGAAUCACAAACUUUUAAAAUCAACAUACUCCCAAAUUAGUCACUGAGUCUGUAAACUCAUCAAAAGGUUGAUCAAGAUUAAGACACUUCUAUAGGUCCAGAACUCUUGGCCUUCAGCUGAAGGCACGUCUGCACUGGCUUAACUUUACUUCCUGUUUCAUACUGCCUGUGCCACUAACUAUAAGACUAUGAUUAUGGGCAGAGUUUUCCCAAAUGGAAAAAAAGUGAACACAUAUUUUUUCUUAUCUUUUAAUUUCUGAAAAUGUAGCACUUCUUUUUUACAAAACCCAACUUUCUCCCUUUGUCCCUAAACCACUUGAUGGUGAUCCAGCAGAUGCUAAGAGUUUAACACCAGCAAAUGUGCAAAUUUGCUGGUGUUUAGUUUCUUGAUUGCAUGAUGAUUUAACCAACAGUUGUGUGACAGGUAAUCCAACAGGCCUAACCGACCAUAGUCCUGCACCUACAGUGAAAAACUGUCGUUGUGAUUUCAUAAGCACCUGCUUGUUAUCUCUUUUGCUAACUCUGUCAAAAGGUGUGAAUUUUUCUACAAUUUAUCAUAUUUAUAAUAACUUUGCCACUCGUCCAUCCUGCUAGCCAUCGCUUCUCCGAUUCUGUUCAGUGUCCUGGGCAGCUGAAGCUGAAACCAAGCAAUCAUUGGGUGAAAGGUGGUGUACACCCUAUAUAGGUUUCCAAUCCUCCACAGCUCUUACAUCUGAGACAUGCAUUCACAUUCACACCUUUGGGAGGAAACUGGAGUACCUGCAGGGAGCUCAUGCCAGCACAAGGACAGCAUGCCAAUUCCAGUCUUUUCUUGCUUUUCCUGUUCUAACAAUGUACUCACAAUCACAACAAAGGAGUGUGGUUUGGAACAUGUCCAGUUUAAUUAAAAGUUUAAAGAACUUAAUGUCACCACCUCUUUUAGAAAAUUUAAAGAGAAAUGAAUGCAUUCAUCUCAGUCCAAAUGAUUACUAUUUUGCAAACUGAAUGCAGACAUUAGGUGUGCAAAGAGGCUGCUGUAAAACCACGUGUCUCUGCAAUACAGUGUAAUAUAGCCGAGAUACUGAAAACACAAAUUAAAAUGAAUAUCGUUUGACCUUCACUUUGAUUUUGAGCCAACUGAGUUACAACAUGAUAGCUUAAAAUGAGACCUAACCUCGAAACCAUGGAAGUGUCCUUUAGUUCUGUUUAAACGGUGGAGAGGCGACACUGAUGUCAUCUGUCUGACGUUAUCUCUUUAUCCAAAUUCAACUUUGCUUCCACGCCUUUAUUCCUACACCGAUAAGCCAGAACCUGCAUUUUUUUCACGUUUGACAUUUUGUAACAUUAGCCCAGUGUUACCAUACCUAACUACUCGUGACUGCGUAGCCAUAGUCAUGGUAAUAAGUAAAAGGAUCAAUAAAAAGUCAGUUAAUAGACCUGUCAAGAUGUGUAUGAAGCCAUGUUUAUUCUUGUAGCCUUUCAAAUAAAAUCUGUAGAGUAGUGGAAACGUUCA